CGCAGGUUUCUGGGGUGUUUGUUUCUUUCCCUCUCUUGCUUGCUUGGGAAGAUGUUUGUGUUCCUGGCAUUCCUGAGUGCCUGGCUUUCCUUUACAGUCUGUGCCCCACUACAAGGGACACCACAAGAGACCAGAAGCCGCAACAAGCUUCUACUUGUUUCUUUUGAUGGCUUUCGGUGGAAUUAUGAUCAGGAUGUGGACACCCCCAAUCUGGACGCCAUGGCCAGAGAUGGGGUGAAGGCACGCUACCUCACUCCCCCUUUUGUCACCCAGACAAGCCCCAGCCACUUCACUUUGCUCACAGGAAAGUAUACUGAAAACCAUGGAGUGAUUCACAACAUGUGGUUCAACACUAGCACUGGACAAAAACUGCCUUAUUACCAUACCCAGCGGAGGUCUGACUGGUGGGACAAUGGAAGCCUCCCCAUCUGGAUCACAGCACAGAGACAGGGCUUGAAAGCUGCCUCCCUGUUUUUCCCAGGAGGGAAUGCCACCUACCAAGGAGAAGAAGUGAGAGUCAAGAGGGUGGAGAAACUCCUGCACAAGUAUGACAAUGAAACUGAGUGGAGACAGAAUGUGGACACAGUCAUGAAGUGGUUCCAUGAAGAUGACCUUGACUUUGUGAGCCUUUACUUUGGGGAACCGGACUCUACCGGACACAAAUAUGGCCCAGAAUCUCAGCAGAGGAAAGAUAUGAUCCGCCAGGUGGAUCGGACAGUGGGCUAUUUGAGACAGCGCAUCGCAGAGCAUGGCAUGAACUCAGUACUCAACCUAGUCAUCACCUCUGACCAUGGCAUGGAAACGGUCAUCAAAAAGGAUGAAAUUCACCUCCUCCAAGUAGCAAACUUCUCAUUCCAGGACAUUCAGUUUGAGCUGGUUGAUUAUGGGCCACAAGGCCUCCUGCUGCCAAAACCUGGGAAAUUAGAACAAGUUUAUGAAGCCUUGAAAAAUGCCCAUCCCAAGCUUCAUGUUUAUAAGAAGGAGGAAUUCCCCAAAAGAUUCCAUUAUGCCAACCACAUUCGCGUCACACCUCUCGUGUUGUAUGGUGACCCUGGCUAUGUGAUCCAUGGGAGAGUGAAAGUCCAGUUCAACAAAGGAGAACACGGCUUCGACAACGAGGCUAUGAAUAUGAAGACAAUCUUCCGAGCUGUGGGACCAGCUUUCAAGCAAGGCCUGGAGGUGGAGCCUUUUGAAAGUGUGAAUAUUUAUGCCCUCCUUUGCAAACUCCUGAAUAUCACACCUGAACCACACGAUGGAUCCUUGGAUGUCACCCGGCACAUGCUUGUCAAAGACUCAGAUUCCUAGUCCCAGAAAUUAUCAUGAAAGAAGAGAACCUGCUGCUUCUUUCCACCAGGGGAUUUGAAAUUCAUCUGGACGGCAGCUGGAGAAGAUACACAUGCUCCCAGUUCUUAUGAAUUGUUAUUGCAGGGACAAAGGACACUAAUGUGCAGGAAUCGUAGAAAUUCAGUGAAGAAAAUUUGUCCACAUUGUCAAAAUAAACUUGGUUUGAUUAGAAAAAAACAUGGCCAACAGUCUUCUCUCAUUUGGGGUGAUGGGGAAGGUUAUGGGAAAGGGAAAGAAAAAGAACAUUUGGGAGCCUUGUGAGAAAACUGCAGGCUCUGUAAGAGGACCAAGUUCUGGAGAGGGUUCUGGUGUUAUAAUGUAAGCCAGUAUAGAAGAGGGUAGGAUUGGGAAAGAAUUUGGAAUACAAAUUAUAAAUUAACAAGAUCAGU